UGGUGCCUGUGUGCGUGUGUGUGGAGGGGUGUGAGUGUUGUCUGGCUUAGCCUUCUCUCUCAUCGUAGAGGGGGCAUGUGUGUGUGUGUGUGUGUGUGUGUGUGUGUGAGUGAGGGGAGUAUGAGGGCAUGUCAGAUGUCUCUGGCAGUUCUGGGAUCAACGUCGCUAGUGUAGCAGCACAACAGCAACAGCAGCGCAGCAGAGACAGACAGACACAGAGGAAGAGGAGAGGAGCAACAGCAUAGACAGACUGAGAGAGAGAGGGGAAGAAGAGACGAGGAGAAGACAGGCACAGGAAGAAAAAGUGGAAAGUAUUGUAAAGGAGAAGAGGAGAAGAGAAGGGCAACUGCACAGACAGAGAGGAAGAGGAGAGAGUACUGUUGAGGAGAGGAGACCCCCCCACACACAUACACUUGAUGGAAUAUCUUCAUUGACUUUUGUCUACUGCAGAAACGACACCGUGUCAUGGACUUAUUGUUCAUCCUCUGUUUUCUUCUUUGGAAAUCUCAUCGAGUACUCCCCUUCGUCAUUUUUUAAGUUAUAGGAUAACGAAGGACAGUCUGCUUUUUUAUCCAGCUGUCAACCUGUCAUUCUGCUGCUUACAUUUUUCUCUAGAAGUCAUCUCUCUUCAUACUGGUCCUCUCCUUCUUUUUCAAUUGCCUGGGUCUGUUUACCCUGCAUCCAUCCUGGUCUGGAUAUUUGCAGACGCCGCGAUGAGCUACUUCCUGGUCCUGAGUAAAAGGCACGGCGAAAGCGUCCUGUCCCAGUACCAGCGUCUCCGCGAAGAUCGGCGCAUGUGCGACAUCGUGCUGGAGUCGCGCGGCGUGGAGUUCCCGGCGCACCGCUCGCUCCUGGCCUGCGCCAGCGACUACUUCUGGGCCCUGCUGAAGGAGCACACGCUGGAGUCCGGGGCCCCGGGGCCGCUCAGCCUGCCUGCGCUGUCCCCUAGUGGACUGGAGAGGGUGCUGGACUUCAUCUACACGUCGUGGCUGUGCCUGUCGCCCUCCACCCUGGAGGAGACUCUGGAGGCCGCCUGCUACCUGCAGGUGACCCAUGCGGUGGAGCUCUGCGGUCGCUACAUCAUGGAUAACCUGACGCUGGAGACCUGCUGCUACUUCGCCAACGUGGCGUGUCGAUACGGCCUCUCUGAGGCUCUCAAGGUGGCGGAUUGGUACAUCGCCAGACACCUGUGGGAGCUGCUGGGGCUGGAGGGGGAAGAGCGGGCCGCGCUCAUGGAGCUCAACAUGGAGUCUCUACGGAACGCUCUGGCGUCCGAGGAUGUUCCCAGGGUGCGCGAGCACGACAUGCUCAAACUGGCGCUGGACUGGCUCCAUCAUUACAAGCUGUCGCCGCUGCAGAGCAACCUGUUGCUAACCAACAUGCGUUUCGGCCUGGUCGCCCCGGACGACCUGCGGCAACUCAGCGCGGACCGGACGGCCCUCCGUACGCCGUUUAUAAACAGCCUGGUGCAGAAGGCCCUGGACUACCACACACAGGGAGCCCUCCAGCCGCUACUGCAGAGCGACAGCACCCGAAUCCGGGCCACGGGGAGCGAAGUGGUCAUGGUGGGUGGUGGAGCGGAGGUGGAUCGACCCCAGCGGAUCAUCCAGAGCUUCGACACAGCUAGUAGAAAGUUCCGGACGCUGGCAUCUCAGCUCCCUGCCAGGUUACAGCACCACUGUGUGUGCGCGAUCGGCGGCUUCCUGUUUGUGAUGGGUGGAGAGGAAGUGACAUCGGCGGAUGUCGAUGGUGACGGUGAGAGCGAGAAGACCAAUCAAGUGGUGACCGUGAGCGAGCGCGUGUGGCGCUAUGACCCGCGGUUCCAGCGUUGGGACGAGGCCGAGCCCCUGAUCCAGCGCAGGGCCCAGUUUGCCUGCUGCGUGGUGGACGGGGUCAUCUUUGCCAUUGGAGGGCGAGUCGAACCAGGCGAAGAGCCGCUGUCUACUGUGGAGAGAUAUAACCUGCGAGCUGGAUGCUGGAGAAAAGGGGUGACGCUGCCAAAUGCCAUCCAUGGCCAUGCCUGCACUACCAUCGGCAAUGACAUCUACAUCUCAGGUGGUAUCCACGGCGAGGCAGCGGAGAGCAGCCGAGACUUCCUCCGUCUGGAGUUAUUCGCGGGCGACACCUGGCACAAACGCGCCUCCAUGUCAAUUGCACGCUUCGGGCACCAGAUGGUGACGGUGGGCGAUCGGAUUUACUCCUUCCUGGGCAUGUUCGAGCAGUACUGCGACAUCGAGCGCUACGACACGACGCGGGACCAGUGGACACGCAUCCGGCCACUGCUUAAUGACCGCUUCUGCUACGGACUCUCGGCCACGGCCGACGGGCGAAUCAUGCUGUUCGGGGGCAGGAAGUGGCACAACGGACAGGAAGUUGUCAUGUCGAACGUGAUGGAGUACGACACGGAGACUGACACCUGGAGAGAGCUGUGCAGGAUGCCGGGACCGCUAUGUGGGACGAAGUGCGUUCAGUUACCCAUCCUCCACACGGCCGAGACGUAAACGGGUAAAAUUUUGGGGGGUAAUACCAUGACUGACCCCCUCUGUAACUUCUUAAAAAAGCAAACACAUCAACACCCCCUUUUCAAUAAAUGAAAAUAGGCAUUAGACAACACCCCCAUUGAAAAAGGCCUUUUGGCAAAAUGCGGCAAGCAGUGCAAGAGCCUUUGAAAAAGUGUCAGGACUCACAUCCUUUUUGUCACAGUGGACAUGUCUAAAGGUUGAAGAGAGGUUACUCUACAUGCAACAGACUUUUGGCAAAGGGAGAAAGACAGACAUGGAGAGAUAGAAAGAGAGGGAGGGAGAGAGUGAAAGCAGAAAUCGGAGACUUGCAACAGGUGCUCCAGAGAUCAAUCAGCGAGAUAAAGGGAAGAGUCACAGUUAACCUAUUAAGAGUUGGAAAGGGAGCGAACGAUUGAUGCAUGAAAGGAGAGAGAGAGAGAGAGAGAGAGAGAGAGAGAGAGAGAGAGAGAGAGAGUGAGAGAGAGAGAGAGCAAUAGGCAGGCAGACAUACAGACAGGCAGACCGACAAGAAAAAAUAAAUGAUUGAGUGAGAGGUGAAGAGAGGAGAGAGCAACCAAGAGAGAUGUAGGUCAAGAGUGGGGAGAAAGAGUGUGAGGAUGAAUACAACAACUAAGCACUAAGCUAGGGAAAGGUGAAGAGAUACAGGACUAUAGAGACCGAAAGGGAGAAAGAAUUAAACGACAGGGCUAGAGAGAUAUGAAGGCACAAAAAAGAGAGGGAGAGAUGGAGUGAAUGAGAAUAAAAGAACCAUGUUAAGAGAGGUGAAGAAAGGAGGUGAGAGAGGGGAGAGUGUAAGGUGUUAAGAACAUGGCAGUAGCCAGUGUGUGUGUGCACUCAGGUGGCAAUGAAACUAUGGAGCAGCGUGUCUCUUGGUUGUUACGAUGUAAAACAUGUGGGCCAGGAAAGGGCAACACAGACACAGCCAACGAGGGCCAAGAGAGAGAGAGAGAGAGAGAGAGAGAGAGAGAGAGAGAGAGAGAGAGAGAGAGAGAGAGAGAGAGAGAGAGAGAGAGGGAAACUGUGUCGCGGUUUGCAAAUAGGGAAUCCGACAUACAUACAAGACAGUGCGCUGCUUUGUGUGUGGUGUUGGAGUAACUGCAAUUGGAACUGAGAGCUCACUGACUGUAUGGCAAGAGUUGACACUGUUGUGCCACGGCUGGAGCAAGAUGACAUCUCAGACAAAAUGUAUUGUGAGAGGAAUGCAAAGAUGUAUGUUUUAUUUUCUCAAAAUGAUAAUUAUAUUGUGUUGUUUUCUUGAGAUCUCGUUAUCUUGGGAUAAUGUGGAGGGAAAAAGUACGGAAUGAACAUGGCAUUAACUUUGCGAUAAAAAUCAAGUCCAGGACCUAGAGGUUAAGUGCCGAAUGAAGUAGUUUAUGUACUCUCUAUGAGCAACUUCAUGUUCACUCUCUCGCAGCCAACAUGUGUUGUGUUGUUAUUGAAGUUUUCAUCCAUUGCAUGUGUCACCGUAGAUAGAAAGAAAGACAGCCGGGGUUCGGAUACUUGUAUGUGAGUGGGAAAUGCAUGAAAAUAGACGCAUGACUCACACAUUCUCCCAGAGCCAUGAUCCACAUGGACCAAGCUAAGCUGCAAUAGGUCAUCUUGCUAAGGUUUGGCUCUACACCGACUUGAACAGAGAGGCUGGAGCACAGUGCAGCUUAGUUUUUUAACAUUUAUUUUGUGCAAACACCCGACUAACGUUUUGGUGUUACUACACCUUCUGCAGAGUCAACAGACAACAGGAGAGACACACAUGUCAACAAGAAUAGUCAAUCACAGUUGUUAACACUUAGAGAGUAAAAUUAACACUUAGGUGUAUAUAUUUUGAAAUGCGGAUAUUUUUUUAUCCAUUUAUGUGUAAAAAUGAUGUGGAUGAAAAUAGAUGUUUUGAAAUUCUCAUUCUAAAACUCUGGUUAUGUGUAAACGAGAGGCCAAAACCAUUGUUUUCAAAAAUAUAAUUCAAUUAUACGUGUAAACUCGGGCUGCCAGAAUAGUGCACUAAUCGUAAUUAAUGCACCGUGUAUGGAUGAACUAAUGCAUGAGAGAAAUGUGUGGAAAUGUGUGCUAUGUUUGUGGUUUUCUUUUUUGGCUUUUUGUUUUAGGCUGCAAACAACUUUGUUUCUCAACUUUCUAAAGUUCAACUUGGUACAAUAAUUUUAGAUUUCAGGGAUGUUCACAGUACCACUGCCUACCUGCUCCAUCUACCAAAAAUCAACACAAAGCGUAUUAGUAUGUAUGGUACGAGGUGAAAAUAAAGUAAGGCCAAAGAAAAAUAAAUAACGGGUAAGAUUUCAAAACAAAAUAGAACAGAAUGUCCCUGAUGUGCUCAGCCAGCCAGACUGCAAUAGGCCAUCUGGCUAAGGUUUGACUUUACAGAUAAAACAGACAUUACAUUUAGACUCUGCAGUAGAUCUGAUUGUUGUUGGAGCUUGAUGGAUGUAUGAAUGAAUAAAUGCAUGAGAAAAGUGAAAACAAGCAUUGCACUUGUGGCUUUUUCAAAACUUUUUUGUUAGGGUGCAAAGAUUUUUUUUCCUCAAAGUUUUUCAGGGAUGCUACACUCCCGCUUCCUCCUUGCUACCACCACCAAUAAAUGAAUGCAACAUGCAUCAGUGUGGUAUCUAGUACAUUAGUAGCGGAAAAGAGGGCAAAGAAAAUAGUGGACUUUGAACAAUUUAAAUCAGCCCCACUGGUAGAGGUCACGAGUUCAAAUCCCAGAAGUAGCGGGUAACAAUGCAGUAGCUCGAAAAUGAUACCCUCCCUCCUCCUCCUGUCA